UCUGGUGGACGGACAGGGUCUGGUCUGGUAGAGUAGAGAGGGGUGUGUUGGACUGAGUCUGGGUCCAUGGAACAUGGGUUAAUGGUUCGAUUCCCAGUGUGACUCACAUGUGAUUAUGGUGGUGAUGGUAUAGUUUAGUUUGUCAACGACCUCAUCAUCGGUUGUCCAUGUGAAAAUUUACAUCUAAAUGAACAAUACACUGAGAACCGACAUUCAUUGUACACUUAAACAUUCAAUCAACACAUGUGCUCAGUAACCAAAUAUUAUAAUACGACCACAUAUUCGUUUCGACUUCUGACACAUUUGUGCCAACCGGGACUCCGUAGUCCGGAAGUCGAAUGCACAUAUCAGAUAUCCGCGGUGUGUAGUCCUCAGGGUUGUAGUCCUCGGAGUUGUAGUCCUGCCCCGACAGUGGAACUGUUGGUUGUCUAAGACCCACGGUUCAUAUCCUCCAGCUGGUGUGACUCAAACCACGGUACGUCUGAUGUUCAGCUAUGGCCCCCAGGACGCUCGAGCCCCUGGCCAAGCGGCUCUUCAAAGGCCUCAUCGCCCUCGAGCUGCUAGGUGUGUUCGGCGCGUACGGCCUCUUCCACAAGAUGAACACGAGUCAAGACUUCAGGAACACCAUGAACCGACGGCUCCCGUCUGUACUUGAAGUAUACUACCAGUCCAACGAAUGGGCGGGGGUCUACGGCAUUCGGGAGCAGGACCACCAGACCUGGUCCUCUAAGUCCGACUGACCCCCCCCCCCCCAGGACCAGAACCAGAACCAGGUGGUCUUCUUCUUCCUCAGGGUCUGGGCGUCGCGGCCGUGGACCCAGUCGUCCCGCUGGGACUCCCACUUCAGCUGCUUCAGCCCUGGGGGGGAGAGAGAGGGGUGAGGGGGGAGGGAGAGGGGUGAGGCUGCGUUCUGAUACCAGAGUCCCGCUCCAUGGCUUCGGGAACAAACCCGUCUGCAUCGUCAACUCGGUCCGCAAAGAUCUCUCAAAGUCGGACAUCAGGAGAACGUAAAUCCCGACGAAUGAUAUGAACUCUACAGAUUUCUUCUACAGACUUGAGGUUGAGGUUGCCGACGUUGUUCAUAACUCCCUUAUGAAGCAGCACUCUGAUAUUACGAUAGCCAGUUGUGAUUGGUCCCUUCAAAGGGAAGGACGUCUCCAAGCGCUGUGCGAGAGCCAGGACCUCUGAGACUUAUAGCUUCAUCCGGCUAGCAUCUAGCUACUAUAAUAAAGUUAUGAUUUAACCAGCAA